AUGAUUACUCAGGCCCCAACAAAUUAUAUACUACCCCGGCAGUCGAGUGGAGGCGACAGUUGUCCAAGCACAAUUGACGGUGGUACCAUUGCAGGUAUCGUCAUCGGCUCGAUCGCAGGAACCCUUUUUCUGCAAUUGCUAUGGUGGUUCUUCAAGCUACCCGGAGCGUGGGUGUGUUGCGGUGGCAGCGAGUCCGACGACUACAAUCCUCCUAUUGUGCGCGAGCGCGAGCGCUCUACACACCAUCGCAAACGUCGCCGUAGCCAUCCUACUACUACCACUCAUAUGAGCUACGGUACCAGUAGGAUGUCCAGUGUGCGCUCACCACCAAAGGUCUACGAAGUAGCACCACGAUGA